AUGUCAACAACAACCGAUACAUCAGUUUCGUCAUGGAUUGCUGCAAAUAAUGAACAACAGCAAAAUAUUAUGGAUACUUUUACACUUCAUAUAUUAUCUGAUUUUUUUGUUGUUCAACCUAACAUACGCAAUGCAAAAGAAUUCCUUUCAAUUGAUCGAACAAGUGAAGACAUACGACUUCAUAAUACAUUACCAAAAGUUGAUGGAUCCGAACAACGAUCUAUUCAUGGGAUUAUUGGAACAAUUCAUUUAAUUUCUGGUUCAUAUUUAAUUGUCAUAACAUCUAAGAUACAUAUAGGUAAUAUUAAUGGACAUAGAAUUUAUAAAGUUGGAACAACUGAUGUUAUACCAUAUGUACGUUCUAUGUCACAUUUAACUGAACAUCAAAUAAAAUAUAAUACAAAAUAUUUAUCAAUGAUUGAAAUAGUUCUACAUACAGAAGCAUUUUAUUUCUCUUAUACAUAUGAUCUAACACAUACAUUUCAACGUCUUCAAACAUCACCAUCAAAUUUUAAAUCUCAAUCAAUUAUUGAACGUGCUGAUCAACGUUUUGUUUGGAAUCAUUAUCUGCUUAAAGGAUUUUCUAAUAAUAAAAUAACUGCUCAAUUUAUUCUACCAAUUAUACAUGGAUUUAUUGCAAUUAAUAAAUUGAAUAUUAAUGGACAUUCAUUUACUUAUGGGGUAAUUUCACGAAGAAGUACUCAUCGAGCAGGUACAAGAUUAUUUAUUCGUGGUAUUAAUGAUGAUGGUCAGGUUGCAAAUUAUGUUGAAACUGAACAAAUUCUUCAAAUGGAUGAUGUUCUUUGUUCUUAUGUUCAAAUACGUGGAUCAAUACCUUGUUAUUGGUCACAAUUACCUAAUCUUCGAUAUAAACCAAAAGUAAUUGUUUUGCCAUCGAAUAAUCAUAUGACUGCAUUUCGACAACAUUUUGAAGAACAAGAAAGUUAUUAUGGUAAACAAUUUCUUAUUAGUCUUACAAAUCAUCAUGGAGCCGAAGGCAAAUUAAAUUCAAAAUAUCGUGAAUUAUAUGAAGGAAGUGAAAAAGUUUAUCUAAAAUUUGAGGAUUUCGAUUUUCAUAAAGAAUGUGCUGGUAUGCGGUAUGAUCGUUUAACAAUAUUAUUAGCUCGUACUAUAGCUGAUCAAGAUGAUUAUGGUUAUUUUGCUGUAACUAAAAAUGGUGUUUUACAAUGUCAACAAACUGGUGUAUUUCGUACAAAUUGUAUUGAUUGUCUUGAUCGAACAAAUGUUGUUCAAAAUUUAUUUGCUAAAAGAAUUUUAGAAAAACAAUUACAACAUUAUAAUAUCAUUAAAUAUGGAGAAAAAAUUGAUGCAUAUGCUGAAUUUAGUAGUCUAUUUAAAAAUAUUUGGGCUGAUAAUGCCGAUUUUAUUAGUAUUCAAUAUUCUGGAACUGGUGCAUUAAAAACAGAUUUUACUAGAACAGGUCAACGAUCAACAAUGGGUCUACUCAAAGAUGGUUAUAAUUCACUUAUGCGUUAUGUUUUCAAUAAUUUUUACGAUGGUUUUCGACAGGAUGGUAUUGAUCUGUUUUUGGGUAAUUAUCGUAUAUCAUCAAAUGAAGGAAAUACACCAGAAACAUGUCCAAUAAGUAAAGAAACUAGUAAAAAAUUAUUAGCAUUACCUAUUACAAUGUUUCUUGCUUUAUCAAUGUGUAUUGUUAAUUUAUUUAUUCCUGCUACGUCAUUUGGUGAACAACUGACAUAUAUUUUAUUUUGGGGUGCAGCAACAAUAACAGCAUUAGUAGUUACACUAUUUAUGGGAAAAGGUUUAGUUGAUACACCAAAACUUUAUGCGAAAGUUAAAAAAGAUUAA